GCAGACCUAUCGAGAGAGGGCGGGUCGGGGUCAGCUGCUGCAGGCGGGCGGGCGCGGGAGCUGUGGGCGGCCGCCGCCUCGUCUUUUGCUGCGGCCCUCCCUCCGCCACGAUGCCGGGGAUCGACAAGCUGCCCAUCGAGGAGACGCUGGAGGACAGCCCGCAGACAAGGUCUUUACUGGGUGUAUUUGAAGAAGAUGCUACAGCUAUUUCCAACUAUAUGAACCAGUUGUAUCAAGCUAUGCAUCGGAUUUAUGAUGCACAGAAUGAAUUAAGUGCAGCAACACACCUGACUUCAAAACUUUUAAAAGAAUAUGAAAAACAGCGUUUUCCACUGGGGGGUGAUGAUGAAGUUAUGAGUUCUACUUUGCAACAGUUUUCAAAAGUUAUAGAUGAGCUUAGCUCUUGUCAUGCGGUACUUUCAACACAGCUUGCUGAUGCCAUGAUGUUCCCCAUUACCCAGUUUAAAGAAAGAGAUCUGAAAGAAAUAUUGACAUUAAAGGAAGUGUUUCAGAUUGCUAGUAAUGAUCAUGAUGCUGCAAUUAACAGAUAUAGCAGAUUGUCAAAAAAAAGAGAAAACGACAAGGUGAAGUAUGAAGUAACAGAAGAUGUCUACACUUCCAGAAAAAAACAACACCAGACCAUGAUGCAUUAUUUUUGUGCAUUAAAUACUCUUCAAUACAAAAAGAAAAUAGCAUUGUUAGAACCUCUACUUGGGUACAUGCAAGCUCAGAUAAGUUUCUUUAAGAUGGGUUCUGAAAAUCUCAAUGACCAACUGGAAGAAUUCUUAACUAAUAUUGGAACAAGUGUACAGAAUGUUCGCAGGGAAAUGGACAGUGAUGUAGAGACCAUGCAGCAGACAAUAGAGGAUUUGGAAGUAGCCAGUGACCCCUUGUAUGUGCCUGACCCAGAUCCCACAAAAUUUCCUGUUAAUCGAAACUUAACCCGAAAGGCUGGAUACCUUAAUGCUAGGAAUAAAACAGGCUUGGUGUCAUCUACCUGGGACAGACAGUUUUACUUCACACAGGGUGGAAACCUAAUGAGUCAGGCCCGUGGGGACGUAGCAGGAGGCCUGGCCAUGGACAUAGACAACUGUUCAGUAAUGGCUGUGGACUGUGAAGACAGGCGAUACUGUUUUCAGAUCACUUCUUUUGAUGGCAAAAAGUCUUCAAUUUUGCAAGCAGAGAGUAAAAAAGACCAUGAAGAGUGGAUCUGUACAAUAAAUAACAUAUCUAAACAGAUAUAUUUAAGUGAAAACCCAGAGGAAAUUGCUGCACGGGUAAAUCAGUCAGCUUUGGAAGCUGUCACUCCUUCCCCGUCUUUCCAGCAGAGGCACGAGAGCCUGCGGCCAGCAGGACAAUCUCGGCCACUGACAGCUCGAACCAGCAGUUCAGGAUCCAUAGGAUCUGAGCCCACAAAUUUGGCUGCCCUCUCUCUAGAUUCUCUCGUUGCUCCAGACACCCCAAUACAGUUUGACAUCAUUUCUCCUGUGUGUGAAGAUCAGCCUGGCCAGGCAAAAGCUUCUGGCCAGGGAGGCAGGCGUACAAAUCCAUUUGGAGAAUCUGGAGGAGGUACAAAAUCUGAAACUGAAGAUUCUAUUCUUCAUCAGUUGUUUAUUGUCCGAUUCCUUGGUUCUAUGGAGGUGAAAUCAGAUGACAAUCCAGAUGUUGUUUAUGAAACAAUGCGCCAAAUCUUAGCUGCCCGGGCCAUCCAUAACAUCUUUCGUAUGACAGAAUCACAUUUAUUAGUCUCUUGUGAUUGUUUAAAGUUAAUUGAUCCACAGACACAAGUUACAAGGCUCAUGUUUCCAUUACCCAGUGUAGUUUUGUAUGCUACACACCAGGAAAAUAAGAGGCUUUUUGGAUUUGUUCUUCGGACAUCAGGAGGGAGAAGUGAAAGUAAUCUGUCAUCAGUCUGCUAUAUAUUUGAAUCAAACAAUGAGGGUGAAAAGAUUUGUGAUUCUGUUGGACUGGCAAAACAGAUAGCUUUGCAUGCAGAACUGUUGUAUUCAUCUGGUCUUCAGGAUCGCAGGGCAUCAGAAAAACAAAAAGAAAUAGAGAGAGUAAAAGAGAAGCAACAGAAAGAACUCAGUAAACAAAAACAAAUUGAAAAGGACUUAGAAGAACAAAGUCGGUUGAUAGCUGCUUCCAGUAGACCAAACCAAGCCAGUAGUGAGGGGCAGUUUGUUGUCCUUAGCAGUAGCCAGUCAGAAGAGAGUGAUUUGGGAGAAGAAGGAAAGAAGAGAGAAUCAGAAGCAUAAACUUAUCCUUACUUUUUGGUUGAUAUUCGCCCCCCACCCCUUUGAAUUUGUUGACAAUUUCUAUGGUGAAGUGGCACAAGGUAACAACAAUGCUGAACUAUCAAGGAGACUAAAAUUUAUAUUUGCUUGUUUAUUUUAACUUCAUUUUUUAAACUAUGACUGACCUUGAUAACUUAGGUUUGCAUUGAUUUUUUUUUUCCCUUAGAAAUAAUAUACUAUGCAGUAACUUCAAAUUCCACAUGUCUAAAAGAAACCUGUUCAUAUCCCUGAAGUAGAUUGCUGAGGAAUUACAGUUGCUCAAGCCUGUUCUUCCUUCAAAUUGUGAACUUAUUACCUUGCAUUGUAAUUGGCUGUGACCAUAAGAAAUCAUUUAUUCUUCAGCUUCAGGUAUUCAUGGAUAUGCUCCCUCUCUUUCAUUAGGAACAAUUGCUGGCAGUGAGGAAGCUUUUGACUGAAUAGGUUUAAAAUCCUUAUACAGAUAAUUCUACAAGUUUGCAAAUAUUUUAACAAUGUUAAAUGUGCAAUAGAACUUUUACAAAAUAAUUAGAAUAGAGAUUUUAGACUUAAGGUUUCAAGUUGUGGCAGGUGGUACUGUUGAUUUCAGGGCAUUUUCUUGGAUUGCUCGCAUUUCUCUGAUGUACUACACCUGAUGCCAGUGGGAAAGAAGCUUAAGUGUCUUCAGUUCAAGAUUGCUACAGCCCUUGGCAUUUUAUUAUCACAUUCUUAGUUCUCAGGUUGGGACUUGAAUUGUUGCUGCAGAGCAGUAAUGGUUAAAAUAAGAUUUUGGAAUUUAUUAAAAGGGAUUUUUUUUUUGUUCAAAUACAUUUUAGAUUAGGAUUUAACAUGUAAAGAUAUUGUUACAGGAUACAUUGUAUUUUCUGCAUUGUGUGAAAUAAUUUUUAUUGAAAAUCAAGUGACAUUUAGAAAGAAGUUCUAUAGCAAUUGUUUCCUGCUUAAAAAUUCUCAGAAUUUAGUUUAAAAAUGUAAUCUUUUAAAUUUCAGACUGAUAGCCCACAGUAUUUUCAUAAUUCCAUGUUUUUAUAAAAUACUGAUCAUCACUUUAUAUCCGUGAAGGCAAGUAAUAUAUGAGAAUAGAAUAAUUUGCACUAAUUAUUGUAAAUACUUGUC